AGAAGAAAACGUACUUCCCAAAACCUACCGUUGCCAUAAACUUGUACUUUGUACGCAUAGUGAUGUGUUCCAGGUGAUGCUAAAUGGACCGAACUGGAUGGAGAAUUCCCAGCCGAUCGUUAAUCUUCGAGAAGAACCAACAAGCUUCACCGCAUUUCCCUGCUUCAUGAAUUACUUGUAUGAAGGUAAAGUCGUGUUCAAAUUAGACACUGUGUUGGGGAUCAUCAAGUUGGCCGACAAGUACAACGUGCGUCCUUUAGUGGAUAUCACCUUCAAGUUCAUGUCGAAGCACAUCGUCAGUGCCAUGCAACAUGGAUGCCUUAUAUCUUGGUUGCAAUACGCAGAAGCAAUUGGUAACAAGAUCGCGAGCAAAAUUAUUUCCGGCCAUAUUGCGUGGAAUUUCUCGAACGCGUCGAGGCAGAAGGAUUUUGCUUUUUUAGAUCCUCCUUCCAUGAUAAGCUUUCUUCAACGAAGUGACCUAGUGAUAGCGAACGAGUUCGAAUUGUUCGAUUGUGUGAGUAGUUGGUUUCAUGCCUAUGAGACCCGCAUCAAGGCUGAAGAAGGCGAAAAGAGUCGCUCUCAGGACGAGUGGGAAGCAUAUUUUUCAGACAUUGUUUUGAAUGUGAUGAAACACAUCAGGUUCCCAAUGAUGAGCUGCCGGCAUUUGGCGGAAAUGCUUUUGAAUCCGCUGGUCAAUCGCUACAAAGAGUAUUUUGUUACUCGCCUUGGCAUUGGGAUGUCGUUUCACUCCGCUCAGUUGACGCGGGUUCGGAAGGUGAUGGAAUUGGAGCCCGACGGAGAGAACCUUUUUACACCUCGGGUGUACACUGAUGAGAAAUGGAGUGCAUUGUUGACGAUCGAACGUUUUCCCUAUGUGCCUCACUAUUAUUCUCACGCAUUGGUUUUUCAUUCGCUGUCAACGUAUUCCGAAGAUUGCAUGGAAGCUGAGGAGAAGCAGUGGGAAUGGACCUUGACUAUUCAUCCGAAGGGCGUCUGUUUCAAGAAGUUUUUCAUGAUCGGAUGGGAACGGAUGCUCGAAGUUCCGGAGAAUGUUGUGAAGAAGGUGCGAUUCGUGCUGCAACGGAAAGCAGAGCAACCUGUGGCUCGAGUCCGUAUUUCCCUGCUAAUAUAUGCAGAAUCCUUUCAGGGCGUUCAAUUCGUGAAAGAUGUACAUAUUCGGUACGCAACUUUCGAUGAUGCGGAUUCCCUGAGGAUAAAUUUGGACGAUGUGAUUUCUUACGAAGAUCUUAACAUGCCUCAAUCCAGUCAUCAGCCUCGGAAGGAAGAAAAAUCAUUUCGAUAUCUUUUGGGGCACACGCAGGAUCUAAAACUACGUGUUGUUGUUACACCUUUUGUGGAUAAGCUUCUUCUGAUGCCGAAAUCCCGAUGAUCGUGUGAUUGUUCGAUGAUUGAGUUUGCCCCGAUUGAUUUUAUUGCCGUUGAUGAGCUUAUAUACACGAUUUUUGGAAAUGGAUGUUUUCGGUCAUAA